CACGACUAGGCAGUUGGGCUGACGCUUCCGGGCCGCGACUUGAAUGACAAAUGAGUACCUUGCACCGGUCAGUAAUUAAGCCUCUCCGCAGCGUGUAGCUUUCUAAUAAAUUAUUAGUGAGCAGAGAGGACGCCGAAGCCCUUUGAUGCUGACCUGCAAUUUCCCCGAGUAAUAAACUGCUGGUCUGCGUGAUCAGUCUAGGCAUUUGGUGUUUCGCUAAGGGCUCCUGAUAGAUGAUGAGACGCGGCGGGCACACCACUGAGCUGCUGAGGCUGCUGGGGCACCUGUCGGCUGCCUACUCGCCCCGACACUACGUCGUCGCGGACACAGACGAGAUCAGUGCCCGGAAGAUACAUGCUUUUGAACUCAGUCGAGCUGAUAGAGACCCCAGCGGCGUGGUGCCCCGGUACUUCCUCCACCGCAUCCCCCGGAGCCGCGAGGUCCGGCAGUCCUGGCUGUCCACGGUGCUCACCACCCUGCACUCCGCCUGCCUCUCCUUGCCCCUCACCUACCGCGUGAGGCCCGACCUGGUGCUGUGUAACGGGCCCGGGACCUGCGUGCCCAUCUGCGCGGCGGCCGUCCUCCUGGGCGUGCUGGGCCUGAAGCGCGUGACCGUGGUCUACGUGGAGAGCCUCUGCCGGGUGGAGCACCUGUCGCUGACCGGGCGCAUCCUGCGCCCUUUCGCCGAUUACUUCCUGGUGCAGUGGCCCGCGCUGAAGGAGAAGUACCCCACGGCCGUGUACCUGGGGCGGAUCGUGUGACCAGAGGUGUGACCGUGUUCUGCUCCGGGUUACACGCGGCCAACGCUACUUACACGUGGGGACGAGACCGCGCCUUCGCUGUAGAGCAGGCAUGUCAAACUCGCGGCCCAGCUGAUACAACGUUUUAAUAAAAAUGUUGUAACUGGCCCCAGCCGGUGUGGCUCAGUGGAUAGAGCAUCGGCCUG